UACAACAUGGUCAAGUUAUAUUAUACUCUGUCAGUUUUUGUGUUUGCGGCCCUUAUUGCUAUCGAAUCGGUCUACGCAAAGCAGAUAAUACCCUCGAUCAUUGCUGAGGUACUACGUCAGAGCGGGAACGACAAUGUGCUCGUGUCGCCCUACCUGGUGCUAGACGGUUUGAUUCAGUUGUAUUAUGGUGGACAGGGGAAGACAAAGGACAAGCUGCUGGAACUGUUUGAAGUCACGGAUGCGGUAGCUUUUGAGCGAUUCAUGAAUAACUCAUAUUCGAUUCAAGCUUCGCGUGACGGCGUUAAGCUGUAUGUGGGCAAUCGGCUUUUUGUGUCAGAGGAUGUUAGCAUUAUGCCAGAGUAUAGAGAAAAAUUGGGUAGAAUUCACAACUCGCCAGUUGAAAGUGUGAACUUUGCAGACUCCGCGGCGGCUGUUUCCAAAAUCAAUGAUUGGGUUGCCGCAACAACUAAAAGCAAAAUAACUAAAUUGAUUGAGAAAACCGAGCCCAACUCAAAGAUAUUGUUUAUGAGCGCGAUUUACUUUACCGGAUUGUGGAGACUCGAUUUCGAUAGCGUACACACAAAGCGUUCCCCCUUUCGUAUACCUCUGGCAGAUGGAGGUGAGCGUACUGUUGAGGUGGAUAUGAUGAGUCGGGAGGGCUAUUUUCCAUAUAAAUAUGUGGAGCAACUGGAUGCUGACGCUAUCAAAAUAAAAUACUCGAUACCAAGUGCAAUGUAUAUGAUUAUUAUUGUGCCAAGAACGACUAAUGGCAUUCAGAAGGUCGUCGAUAUGUUUGAUACACUGCAGACAACAGAAUUUGAGCCGGAUGCAUAUAUCAAACGUCUUCGGCUUACCUUACCGAAAUUUCGAUUAGAAUCUAAUAUAAAGCUGAAAGAUGUCUUACGCGCUUUGGACAAAAAUUGUUCGCUAGACGCAAACUUAAAGGAUACAACUGAUUUAAACAAACCCUUGGAAAUCACCGAGUUCUUUCAAAAAGCAGUCGUUGAGGUGAAUGAAAAGGGCGCAUCGCCCUCAGAUAACCGUGAAAAAUCCGACAAUUGGCCUCAGAUUAAAGCGGAUCAUCCAUUUCUAUUUGUUAUCAGGGACAAACAAAAAGUUUAUCUCGCAGGCCGCGUAAGUCAUCCGGAAUAAAGUGUUCACUUUUGCCAAACAAAAUGUACAUAUUUCAGAGAUAUGCUGGCUAUUCAAAAAUAACAAAAUA